AUGGUGAUUGCAGUUAAAAUUAAGUGGACGAUUGCUUCUUUGCUGAGUGUUGCUGCAACUAAUAAACUCAAUAUGGAGGCCCAGAUGUUUGUCACAUUUGACGAUAGAACCUCAAAGAAACCUGGGGCCUGCAGGCAAUAUGUAAGAAAGGAUUUCAGCAACGUCAGCUUUUCUGCGGAGAAAUGUAGCCUGGUCAUGGAGGGCGGCAGCCAGUCAGACGAUGAUGAUGAGAUAGAGGAUCUGUUGAUGCAUGACGAGCUGUCAUCAUCAGACGAAAGCUCUACGAGCGACGACAGCAUUGAGCUGUUCAUUGCCGCCUCCAUGGGAAAGUCUCCUGCGGACAUUUCCUCAAAUAGGAACAAGUCUGUUGCUGAUAAUGCAGGAAGAACGAGCGGUUCUCAUAGCGCCGCUGGUACGAGCAAGUCUUUUGCUCAUAAUGCAGCCAGUACAAGCAAGUCUAUCUCCGAUAAAGCUACAAUGAAAUCCGUGAACAAAGCUGAUAAUUCAUUAACAGCAACAGGAAAAGUGUCACUUCAUAAAGGAUCACAUCAUGAAAAAAGUCUAAACGAAGCCUUCAGCGUUAACGAGCCUGUGACGCCAUCAAUGUUUGGACCUAAGACAAUUAAACUUAGCAAGCCAUCCCGAACGCCUUGCCAGGGGUGUGAGAAAAAACUCCGAACAAUUCAAAAGCUUCGGGAGAGGGUCAAGGAGCUGGAGCAACAGUGUGAGUUUCUGCAGGAGCCGCAUGUAAGAGAUCUACACCCAGAGCCCAGGAAACAGUCAGUACUAACUGAUAAGUUAAAGGUGGAUUUACAACACCAGAAGGAUAAAGCGCUGGUCAAGUAUCAGCAACAGCUGGAACAGAAGGAAGCCGCCAGGGCAAAACUUGUCGAAGAUGUGAAGAAUUAUCAAAUUCUGUACCAGGAGAUGCACAGUAAACUUAAGAACAUAGACCAGCAGCACCAGGCGGUUGUGUCUGGGCUGAGGGCGAAGAUAGACGCGCAUGAGGAGGAGUUGAAGAAAGCUGUGGUUAAAGCCAAGCAGGAUACAGAGCAUUCUAUAGCGGUGCUGGCUAUGAGCAACGAUUUCCUGGCGAAAGAGAACUCCCAGGUGAAGAAAGAGCUGACCGCCCAGAUGGAGGAGAACCACCGGCUCAUGGAGGAGAAUGAGAAGAUGGCGGAUGAGCUGUUUGCUCUGAUGAACUCCGGUGAUAGUGUUGAGGAGGAUAGUAACUGAAUCUGAUGUUUGUGUUGAAGUUUAAAAUUAGAGUAAUUGAAUUGAUGGAGUGGCAAGCCCUAGAAAGCUGGACUGCUAACCCGUAAGUCUCGAUUUUGAAUUCGGGUUUAAGUUAGUAGACCGUCCCUGAGUCCACCCAACUCUGAUGGGUACCUAAGUCACGUUAGGGAAGUAAAGGCAGCUGGGCAUAGUGCUGACCACACUAUCUCUUCAUAUGCCGAGGUCACAGAAACAGGUGAACUCUACUUCACUUGCCCUAUAGACCAUCAUUUGAAAGGGAACUUUACUUCUACUUUUUUAAUUGAAUCUGAUGUGUGUGUUUAAAAUGAGAGUAACUGGAUGUGAUGUUUGUGUUUAAAAUGAGAGUAACUGUAUCUGAUGUUUGUGUUUACAAUGAGAGUAACUGUAUCUGAUGUUUGUGUUUACAAUGGAUGUAAUAGAAUCUUAUGGUGUUGGUGUUCAGCUUUAGAAGAAGAUAGUGUCUUAAUCUGAUGUUUGUGUUUAAAAUGAAGGAAACUGAAUCUGAUUGUGUUAGUAAAUAUUGCCAGUGAUAGUGACUAAAUUUGAUGUAUCUUUUAAGAUGGAAGUGACAGAAUCUGAUGCUGUUAACUGUUUCUGUUUGAUGGUGUUGUGUUUGAUGGUGUUGUGUUUUGUGUGUUGUCAUUGACUAAUUCUGAUGUUUUAGUCUUGAGGAUGAACAUAACUGAAACACUGACUUAUUCUGAUGCUGUUGAGUAUAAAAUAUAUAUAUUGAAUACAUGCAUGACAAAGCUGGAAAAUAUUGUUGUAGAUAAUUAUAUAGUAUAUCUGAUGCUAAUUGAGUUUGAAUGAUUAGAAAAUCAAAUAAAUCACUGUUAUCUUUCGAAAUGUAAACAUUCAUUUUUCUGCAUUUUGAUCAUUUUGAAAGAAAAUUACGUCAUCAUUUUUAGCCUUGUUAAAAACUCAUCAGUUUUAAUCUGAUAUCUUGCUUUCUUAUAAUACUUAUUGAUGUAAAAGUUCCAUGUACAGAAAUUUUAUCAUUUUGUGAUCAAGUUUUUCUGUGCUUUAUAAUUAGUUAGCCUGUAUGGCAUUUAUGUUUCAUUAUAAAUAGCUUAAGGGUUCUAAGAUUAUUGCUCACAAGCCAGUCCCCAGAAAGCCAACUGCCUAAUGUCCAUUCCCCGAAUAUUUCAUUUGUCUCGUUGAUUAUAUCAUGAAGUAAGAAGUAUUUAGCGUUUCAACAAUCAUAAGUUUGUUGCCACAGGAAAUUGACAUGUAGUUAUAAAGUUAAAAUUGGCCUUUAAUAAGUAAGUAAAGUUUUUACUAAUUCGAAAUUAUGUAUUCUCUUUAUAUAUGUAAUAAAAAUGUUUUCAAAACACUAAAUUGACAUCAAUUUACAAGAAAAUAUAAUUCCAAUAUUGAAUUUUAAUAUAUAUGUUGUUUUUUUUUUAAAUAAUUUUUUCAACAAAAUGUAGGGCACUCCAAUUUAUGAACAUUUUCAAAAAUAAUUAAUACUGAUGUAAAUUUAACUCAUUAAAUGAAAAGUUAUUUAGGUAACAACUACUUAUACCUUAAUUAAAUGACAAACCUAGAAGCCUAUUAGACAGGUAACAGUUAAAUGUUUCUUGAGCAAAUGUUGGUCUUUACAAUUUAUUGCAACUUGUUAUGCCUAAAACUAGUUAUGUAUAAAAGUACUUUUAUGUGUCCUGACUUUUU